AUGGCCAAAGACAAGAAGAAAGCGGGUGCAGGUAACAAGGCAGCAGUAAAGGCAGCCAAAGCUGCAAAGCAAGAGAAGAAGGCAGGCAAAAAGGACAAGAAGGUCGCAACAAAGACGCAAGAGGUCGACUCGGAUGCUGAAGACGUAGAUCUGGAUGCAGUAUUAGCACAGUAUGCAAAAGAGCAGGAGCAGUACAACGCCAUCACUGAGGUCCCGAGCGACCCUCCAACGGCCAGGACUUCUGGGGCUCUGCUAGCCAACCCAGCAAACGAGAACGAAUUAUUCCUGUUUGGUGGGGAGUACUUUAACGGGGCAACUGCCAAAUUCUUCAACGACUUACUCAUCUAUAACAUUAAACAAGACUCGUGGAAAAAAGUGACGAGUCCAAAUUCACCGCUUCCGCGAUCCGGCCACGCCUGGUGUAGAGCUGCAAACACAAAAGACAUCUACCUAUUUGGUGGGGAAUUCAGUUCUCCAAAGCAAGGAACCUUCUAUCAUUACAACGACUUCUGGCGGCUGGAUCCCACAAGCCGAGAAUGGACGCGCAUAGAAGGGAAGGGUAAAAACGCUAAUCCGCCCGCGCGCAGUGGACAUCGUAUGGUGGGUUACAAACAAUACAUUAUCCUCUUUGGUGGUUUCCAGGACACAUCCGCUACGACGAAGUACUUGAAUGAUCUAUGGAUCUACGACUGCGUCAAUUUCACAUGGCAUACACCAAAGCUGCAAGCUGCCCGCGCUAUUCCGGAUGCUCGUUCGAGCUUCACGUUAUUGCCACAUGAGCAAGGUGCUGUCAUUUAUGGUGGCUACUCUCGCGUCAAGGCCGCAGCAGGUGGUAAGCAGCAGCAACAACAAGGAAAAGGAAAAAAAGGUGGCGGCGGUGGUGGACCAGCUUCGCGUAUGGUUUUGAAGCCAAAAGUCCAUGACGACACCUGGUUCUUGCGCAUCACGCCUCCUCCUGCUGAUCAGCCUUCAACAACACUCCCAUUGGUAUCAUGGGAGAAGCGUAAAAAGCCAGCCAAUGCGCCAAAUCCGCCCCGUGCAGGUGCUACCAUGUCUUUUCACAAAGGUCGAGGCGUGCUCUUCGGAGGUGUACACGAUGUUGAAGAAAGCGAAGAGGGUAUCGAUUCCGAGUUCUUCAACCAGUUAUUUGUCUGGAACGUCGAGCGAAAUCGGUAUAUGCCACUCACUUUGCGCAGACCCAAAACCAAUGCGAAUAAGAAGGCUGCACAACAGGCAAACGUGAAUCGCCGUGACCGCGGUAAAGCUGCAGAAGAAGAACUACUUGCUAACUUGAAAGCUCUUGAGAUGAAGGCCGGGGUUGCGACAAGUGCAGACUCGGACGAUGAGGCCGACAAAGCUAAAGAGGCAGAGGAGGAAGAGGAAGAGCAGCGCCCCGAGAAGCCACGCAUCUUUGAAUACCCACACCCACGUUUUAACGCGUCCUUGGCUGUACAAGCUGAUACACUGUACAUAUAUGGCGGUACAUACGAGAAAGGCGACCGGGAAUUCACCUUUGAUGAGAUGUGGGCCAUUAAUCUGAAUCACUUGGACGGAGUUACAGAGAUCUUCCGCCGCGAGCUCGAAGACUGGCAAGGCAGCGAGGACGAAGCGGACUCAGAUGAGGAAGAAGACGAAGAGGACUCAGAUGAUUCUGGAGAGGAGGACGAGGAAGCCACAUCGACGGCCCCAACUUCUGUCAACGAUUCACCAGUUGUCAUUCCCACCAAGGAUGUCCGCAACGAAGACCUCGGCGACCAGGAAGAAAUUUCUGCGCUUACAGAUACGUUGCCGCACCCACGGCCGUUUGAAUCUUUACGUGACUUUUACGCGCGCACUUCUGAGCAGUGGCAAGGUAUCAUCAUUGAUGACCUUACACUCAAGGGCAAGAGUGCUGAGAAGACGCCAAAGGAGAUCAAGAAGUUGGCAUUUGAGCGUGCGGAAGAGAAAUGGUGGGAUUGCAGAGAGGAGAUCCGCGCUCUUGAGGAUGAACAAGAAGCUGCUGGCAUUGGUGAGGUAGUCAGUCUGGCGGAUAAGGAGGGUGCUGGAGGUAAGAGGAGGUAG